CUUAUUAGUGAUGAUGAGGAGGAUAGUUGAAACUACUCAACAUAACCUUUUCUUUGGGAUCGUGACCAAAUUGCAUCAUCUCUGUGCAUCAAUGAAAAGUCCAGGUAUGGCUUUGUUCAAGCAGCAGAAGGUGGAAGACAUUUAUGAAAUCGGGGAAGAGCUGGGAAGUGGCCAGUUUGCUAUAGUGAAGAAAUGUCGAGACAAGAGCACGGGGCUGGAGUAUGCUGCUAAGUUCAUUAAGAAACGCCAGAGCCGGGCCAGCCGCCGCGGAGUGAGGCGUGAGGAAAUCGAGCGGGAGGUCUCGAUUCUGCAGCAGAUCCUGCAUGCCAACAUCAUCAAGUUGCAUGACAUCUAUGAGAACAAGACGGAUGUAGUCCUCAUCCUUGAGCUGGUUUCUGGAGGAGAACUUUUUGACUUCCUGGCACAGAAGGAAUCUUUGAGUGAAGAGGAAGCAACGAGAUUCAUCAAGCAGAUUUUAGAUGGUGUCAAUUACCUUCACUCUAAGAAAAUUGCUCACUUUGAUUUAAAGCCUGAAAACAUUAUGCUUCUAGACAAGAAUAUCCCUAUUCCACACAUCAAACUCAUUGACUUCGGCCUGGCUCACAAAAUAGAAGAUGGAGUUGAAUUUAAAAACAUUUUUGGAACUCCAGAAUUUGUGGCUCCAGAAAUAGUGAACUAUGAACCACUGGGACUAGCUGCAGAUAUGUGGAGCAUAGGAGUCAUCACCUACAUACUCCUCAGUGGUGCUUCUCCUUUCCUUGGAGAAACUAAACAAGAAACGCUUGCCAACAUCACAGCUGUGAAUUAUGAAUUUGAUGAAGAAUUUUUCAGCAACACCAGUGAUUUGGCAAAAGAUUUUAUUCAGAAACUCCUGGUGAAAGAUACACGGAAACGGCUUACAAUUCAGGAAGCUCUGUCCCAUCCAUGGAUAACGCCAGUGGACAAGCGACAGGCUUUGGUUCGGCAAUCGUCUGUUGUUAACAUGGAAAACUUCAAAAGGCAAUAUGCUAGAAGGCGAUGGAAGCUUUCUUACCAUAUUGUCUCAUUGUGCAACCAGUUGUCUCGUUCGCUGGUGAAAAAGGUCCUAAUAGAAGAUGAAAGCGUGAGGAACUGUGAAAGUGACAGUGAGGAUCUUUCUCCAAGAAAAGCCACUCUUCAGAGGAGAAGCAGCAUAUCAUAAUGGACGGAGAAUUUCAUGGGCAGGAGACAGAGGAAACUUCCAUCCUUGCUGAAAAGAGCAGCCCUGACAGCAGACCUUGGCUUCCUGUCUGAAUCCUUGGUAUGAUGCUUCUCACUUCUCAAACUGCACCAACGGCUGGAUGAUGUUAUUAAAUGCCUCUGAGCAGUUUAGAACGUUAGGGAUCCAGAUUCCCAAGGAAAUGCUGCAGCAUGAGCACUGAUUGGAGUGCCUUUAUAUGUUGAAUGUUUCAGUGAUACUUCAAUCCAUUUGGGAUAUCAACUGCACUCAGGACAUAGGGUUUCUACUGAUAUUCUUUUACUGCAGAAUCAUUCACAUUCUGCACAAUGAUUAAGACUGUGUGCAUUAUUAUUUCAGUCAGGGAAAUCGUUAUUGAGUCUUCAGGAAAAAAAUUAAUACAGUUCUCAUUUGUUAAGAGCAUAAGUAUUUGAUGGCAGGUAUCUGUCAGGUUUUAUUAGCUGUGUGCAGUACUCUGUAACUGCUACCACUGAAGAAAAAAAUCAUAGUGCCAUUACAUAUCAUAACCUUGAUUUCAUGAACCUAGCAGUAAACAGUUCUGUACUGCAGUAAGAGCUGCACUCUGGCCACCAUCUCUGGCUGAAGACUAGCACAACCUGCCAUUGUCAAUGGGAGUACAACUGAUUCUGGCCACUAGGAGGAUGAGAUAGGCCAGGUCAAUUUUGGGAUGAAAAAGAGGAAAAAUCUGUAGUGAUUUACAUGCACCCAAAUACAGUGUUUGUACAGGACAAUGGCAGGAUGCCUUACCAAACAGGGCACUUAAAAACCCAGGGUAUGUGAAGAAAUAGUCUUUAUUAGACUUUGUUAUUGUUUUAUUUUAUUGUUGGCAAAUUGGAGAUUCACUAACACCUAUUUGUAUAGGUGCUGUUUACAUGUAACCCAAACUGCAAACAGCUGUGUUAUUCAGGGGGUUGUGGCCAAAAUUGGGGAAAUAAGCACUUUGAUACUGAUGUGACAUCUCUGUUCUAGGAAGUUGCAUCAUUUUAACUAUAUUAGUUUCUAAGCCAGUAUUGUUCAAUUGGUACCAAAAAUGGGUAUAGACUAGGUUAUAUUUUUUUUAAUUGAAAAUAUUAGUUGUUAGAAGUUCAUAUUUAUUUUGCCAUUUAAUUAAAAAUCAGAAAACAAGCCUACUAGAAACAACUAUAGAUUGACGAGGAAACUGGUUUUGUUUGGCUUUAGGGUUGUCACUUCUAGGCCGAGGUUUUAGAGCUGAAGGUGUAAACUGGUGUUGAAAACUAGUAUCAGGUUAAUUCUGCCUGGCUUCCUCUUUCUAAGAAAUAAAAAUGCACUACUUCUAUUUGUAGCUUUGUGUCCUAGCUUAGGCAGAGACUAAAAUGAAGUUGAUGAGAAAGUAUUUCUGUGGAAGGAAGGAAAUGUGCAAGAAGCAUUGGAGGAGAGAGGAUGAAAGUAGGAUUUGAGGGAAGAAAUAAAAUGAAGGAGGUGAUGGUGGGGAAAAAGCAGUGGAGAGGAAUGAGUAGGAGAGGGACAGGCAGGGAGCAGAAGUGAACCUGGACUCGGAAGGUUGAAGGAAGGAAAGAGGAUGUAGCUAUAGGAGUUGUGGAAGCAGGAGAAUGAAUGUUUUGGCAAAUAUGGCACUGAAUUUUGAUACUAUUUAUUUAAUUUCCUUUUAUUUCAUGUCUUGCACUGCCAUAGCCUGUGACAUGUGCCUGGUCAAGGGAUAGGGCAUGGGCUUCUCUUUACAUUCAAUUAGAAGGUGUAUUUCUGAGCUUUCUGUGUAAUUUCUGAGGCAGAAUCCUCAAAAAGUGCUGUAGUAAUGUAUAUAUUGAGGGAGCAGUAAUGGACAAAACUAUUAUUUCAGGGUCUGGAGGGAAUCUUUCAUAAAUAGAAAACUAAAAAUAUGUAUUUGGAUAAAAAGCUGUUCAGCUUGCCUACCAAAUUUUGCUUCCCCUGUCCCAUGCGUUACCAUUAGUUCACUCCCUGGGCUAUGGAAAACCAAAUAAACUUUGAGUCAGUGGCAUUUUUCCAAAUUCCCGGAGUUUCAAAACACCUUCAUUUUCCACAUUAGAGAUUGCAGGUUGUGGAUGGAAAUCACAUUUCUGAAAAGUAAGCCCUGGUUAAAGCAGCUGUUGGUUUGUUGUUGCAUCCGAAUUGUGCUGUCACGGAGAUGAGGUCAUUCUUAUGUAAAACCCAAGCAACUACUGAGCAAGAGGAAGACAGGCCGGGAGAGCUGGGCUUGUUCAGCCUGGAGGAGAGGAGGCUGCGGGGAGACCUUAGAGCAGCUCCAGUGCCUGAAGGGGCUACAAGAAACCUGGAGAGGGGCUUUGGACAAGAGAUGUAGGGACAGGACAAGGGGAAUGGCUUUAACCUGCCAGAGGGGAGAUUUAGAUUAGAUCUUAGGAGGAAGCUCUUCCCUGUGAGGGUGCUGAGGCGCUGGCACAGGGUGCCCAGAGAAGCUGUGGCUGCCCCAUCCCUGGCAGUGUUCAAGGCCAGGUUGGACACAGGGGCUUGGAGCAACCUGCUCUAGUGGGAAGGGGCAGGGAGUUGGAACUGAGUGAGCUUUAAGCUGCCUUCCAGCCCAAACCACUGUGAUCCUGUCAUUCUGUGAAAAUGGGAGGCAAGUGGCAAGGCAGGCAGGGGAGUGCAAGGCAGGGUGAAGCUUCAGUUUAUUGACUGUGCAUUAAUAAAAGAUGUAAAAAAAAGGUGGUGUAACAAAGACAUUACAGGCAGCUCACGGUGUUUGGUCCUCAGUCACUUUUCUGCCCAGGUCAGCUCAGGACACGAGUGCUGGCUCAGUCACGGGGGAGCGGCGGGCUUGGCCUCUCUCUGCGGCACUCAGUCGUCUCGUAGCUCCGCAUGGCUCCGAGUGAUGUGACGUUCCUUGCACACAGGCUGCAAUGAGCAGCGCUGGUGUCAAGCCAGACUCUUCCAUGACUGUUCCAGACAGCAGCAUGUGUGUAUAACCUCUUGUUCUCAGGACUAGUGCUUGGUAUUUGUUAGGAAGUUUCAUGGUGUUUUUCCACAUGUGGUGUUCUCUGUACUUAUCAGUCUAUUCCAUCGAGGGAGAAAUUCAGGCAGCUCUGUUUACAGCUCUGGGGGACACCAGCUCAGCACAGGCAUCACUUUCAUUCUUUACCAUUGGUGUUUUUUGGGGAACACUUGACAAGCCCCUUUUAUUAAGGGGGGAGAACAGAAAGUGUGGAAGGGACUGUGGUGUGGUGGGAGGGGAGAUGUAGUGCACUUCAGUAAACCAGUUUAUGUUAAAGAAUUUACUUUGGUGGGGGAGAAAAAUCUAUUUUGUGUGUAUUUUGAGCAGCAAGGAACCUGGAGACACGUGACAGUCUGAAAAAAAACCAAGUAUUUUUAUUACAAUGAGGUGAGACUAUUGUUAUUGUUGUUUAGGGGUGAUAAACCCGUGUGCCUAUGCUGUUGUUAAGGAGCGCGGGUUCCCUGCCGCACGCAGCUGUCGGGAUGUGCUAUAAUAAACCCUUGCGGAGCA